UAAAAAAAUCCGAAUAUACUUUACUCUAAGGAACACAUAUCCCUUUCUGAUUGUUAAACGUGCCCCAUAUUAUAGCAUGGAAAUUGCUUAAAAAUUCCACAACAUUAAUGCUUUCCCACAUUUUUCUAACAUUCUUAUCCUUUGCAAAUUCAUUUGAAAGUUGAACUCUUCUUCAUCUUAUUAUUAUUAUUAUUAGUAUUAUCUCAGCAAUCUUUGAUCAUUUGGGAAAGUUAAAGAAAAAAAUGAAUCUUUUUCAAGAAUUCUUUGUUACUGCUAUGGUAGCUCUUAUAUUUUCUUGCAUAAUUGUGAAAUUUGUUUCUGCUGCAGUGUUAAAGGAUGGAAAGAUUGAUCAUAAAGAGAAAUAUGUUGUGGAGGAAACCAAGAUUACAAAAGGGUUGGUUGUUAAGAGUAGAAAAAGUAAGAAGAGAGUCAAAUUUGUUGAACAAGAAGUUGUUGGAAAUGUUGAUUGUAUUGAAACACAGCAACCAAAUAAAGUUGGAGGAGUAGUUGAUCAGUCUAAAAAUGCUUCAGGGGAAGAGGUGUUUGUUGAGAAGAAAAUUGAGGGUAUUUUACGGAAAGAUGAUGACUUUAAGGGAGAAAAGAUUCUUGAAAAUCUUGAUUUGAUUGAGCAUUGUGGUGGUGAAAGGGAGGUGAGUGAUGGUCAUGAUGAUGGCGACAUGUCUAGCAAAAUUGGGUUGCUGGAGGAAAAUGAUGAAGUUAAGAAGAUUGAGAAAAAAAUUGAGGAUAUUUUAGAGAUGGGUGAUGACUUUAAGGGAGAAAAGAUUCCUAAGAAUCUUGGAUUGAUUGAGCAUUGUGGUGGUGAAAGGGAGGUGAGUGAUGGUCAUGGUGAUGCUUUUUUGUGUGGAAAGAUUGGGUUGCUGGAGGAAAAGGAUGAAGUUAAAAAUGAGAAAAAUAUUGAGGGUAUUUUAAAGAAAGGUGAUGACUUUAAGGGGGAAAAGGUUCCUGAAAACCUUGGAGUCAUUGAGCAUUGUGGUGGUGAAAGGGAGGUGAGUGAUGGUCACGAUGAUGCCUCUUUGUGUGGAAAAAUUGGGUUGCUGGAGGAAAAGGAUAUUGAAGUUAAGAUUGAGAAAAAAAUUGAGGGUAUUUUAGAGAAAGGUGAUGACUUUAAGGGAGUAAAGACUCCUGAAAACAUCAAAGAGAUCGAGCAAUGUGAUGGUCAUGAGGAUACAGAUAUGUCUUGCAAAAUUGGGUUGUUGGAGGAAAUGGAUGAAGUUAAGAAGAUUGAUGAGUUGCUUUUUGUUAAGGAGGAAGAUAUCACGAAUGAUUUGGUUGUUGAUGAAGUUGAGUUAGGUGAAAAUAAGGUGGUAGAGAUAGGAGAAGGGUUGAGUAAAGAGACAGAUACAAAGGUGAUGUAUGAAGAUAGUGAUGAUGAUUGGGAAGGAAUUGAGAGAAGUGAAUUGGAGGAGGAAUUUGUUAAAGCUGUAAACUUUGUGGAUGAGGGAAAUGGGAAGGAGAAUUUGGGGAGUGAAUCGAUGAUGCAGUUGUAUGGACUCCAGAAAAUUGCUAUGGAAGGGCCUUGUCAUGAACCUCAACCAAUGGCAUUGAAAGUCUAUGCUCGCGCCAAAUGGAAUGCGUGGCAAAAAAUGGGAAGCAUGAAUCCGGAGGUGGCUAUGGAGCAGUAUAUUAAGCUUCUUUCAGACAAUGUUCCCCGAUGGACGCAUCAUAGUGAGGAUGAUUGUGAAGUAGGGUCUUCAAAAACUAAAAUGCCUGGAGAUUCAGAUUCCAUCCCAGAUUCUUUUAAUGAUAUAAGCAAAGAUGAAAGGACACAGGAAGUGAACCGUGCUGCAGAGGGAGAUGAUUUUCCUGGAGGUGAAAAGGAUAAAGAAUGAGACAAACUCACCAGCAGGUGUGCUGCAAUUUCUGCUUCAAGAAUUUGAGGUCUUUGCGGUUCAUAACACUACUUGGUUCUCCCUAAUGUUUCCUUAUCAGAUUAUGCAUCUACCUUGCACAUGUAAAUAGUUAUUUCCACUGAAUAAAAACGACAAUAUAUAUUUAGAUAAACAAUGAUCUCUUUAUUUCAGUGGCUAUCCAUUAUAUGAAGUCAAUAAUAAUCUCUUUGGUUCU